AUGGCGUUCACACCCGAUCAAUGGCGAGUUUGUAAACACUCUGUUGCGUCGUUUGUGUUUCAGCUGGUGGUAUACACUGCUGCGUAUUGUCUACCCCUACCAACGCCGGUCUUACCAACGGUCUUCGAUCGUCUUAUAUUCACCCUGCGAUGGCUGACAUUGGACGUAUUCACCCUAUUCAUGAUAAUUAUCGUGGUUGCAAACACACGUUUCUCAACCUCGCAGAUUAAUCCAUUGUCCAAGAAAGACAUUCAGUACGUAGAAAUACACAGUCGAUGCCUACAAAACACCUUGGAACAGCUAACAAUCGGUGCGUUUGGUAAACUGGCGCUGUGUACUUUCCUCGGUAACGAGGGCAUGCGUUAUGUACCCGUUAUGACAUUCUUGUUUGUACUUGGUCGGAUAACUUUCUGGAUCGGAUAUCUGAAUCAACCGAUAAAGAGAGCGUUUGGUUUCGCCACGAACACGGGAGUGAACUUGGUCAUAUACGUAUCCCUGGCGUACCAUCUAGUUGUGUAUGGUCCGAUGUACGGACUGGCUUCAUGGUAA